AUGCAAUCAUGGCUCAUUCCACCAAUACCAACGACUGGUAACAAUCAGCGAAUUGAACUUGCUGGUCUUGAUCUAUGGAUAAGUCAUUGUAUAAAUGAUGUAUUUGUCUAUCCGGCCGAUUUAGAUAUGGAUCGACUGAAGCAAGCACUUAGUCGCACUCUUUCUUUGUGGCCUUUGAUUGCUGGACGUUUUCUUUUAAUCAACGAUGAACAUUAUAUAAUUGAAAUGUCUGAUAAUGGCAUCCCGCUUUCGUUUGUUGAGAAUACUGAACUAACACAAUGGCCUCUUAAUUUGAAUGUUGUAUUGGAUGCUGCAGAAGAUCGAUUAACAAAAUUUAUUGACAAAGUAUCAACUGCUAAACUACUACGUGGUUCUUUAGAUGAGCCACUUUUUCGUAUAAAAAUAACACGUCUUGUGCAAAGUGGUGAGUGGAUAAUGGGUACAAGUUGGGCACAUGUGCUUGGUGAUGCAUUUGCUUAUAUGAAGUUUUUGAAUACAUUUUCUCGUUUCUAUCAACAAUUAGAACCAUUAGAGCCGUCUCCUCUUUUUGAACGUCGAUUAUGGUAUCAAGAAAAUGCCGAUCAAUCUGUCUUACCCUUCUUGAAACAUCUAACAGAUGCCGCAUCAGCAAAACAGAACUUAGAAAUAGCCAUGAGAGACCAAACAACUCAUGAUCAAAUAAAUAUACAUUUUUUUGGUGAACAACUUGUCCAACUACAUAAAUUAGCCGACAAUGUUAUGUUAACAAUUCAAGAUGUUAUGACUGCUUAUGUUAUUCUUACUCUAAAUACUCAUUGUUUUGAAAAUAACGAACAAAUUAUUCAGCACACAAACACAAUCGUCAACUAUCGUGGUGUUGUUGACUCAGUCGCUUCUCCUGGUCUCAUGGCUAAUUGUGCAUUAAAAAUGGUAUCAGAAAAUUUCGAAGAUCCAUAUUCUCUUUCAAGUAUUGCAAAGUCGAUCCGUCAUUCAAUUAUUCGUUCGCGAGAUCCAUCAUUUGUUCAUUCAUUACUAGCGACUGCAGAUGGUCUUAUGCGUAAUCUAGCACGUGAUGAUCUUGAACUCAAUACAGAUCAUAUUCCACAUGGUUGUCUGAACAACUCAAAUUAUCGAUAUGAUUGGGCAGAUCUCGUUGAUUUUGGUUAUACAAAUAAAUGUCGUUUUCAUACAGAAGGAACUGCACCUUUAUUUCUACGUAUCUUUCGUCUCAAUCCAGUUUUCGAUGGUACUCACUGGAUGGAAAGAGAUCGAAAAGGUGCUGAAGUUGCCUUUCGCAUUGAAAAAUCCAUGAAACAGAAAUUUAUCGAUGCGUGGCAACGAGAUAUUAAAGAAAAUUUUAUUCAAGUGAAGCAAUAA